UCCUCCCUCAGAACGCAAGGACGUUCGGUCUCUCUAUGGUAUGAACUUUAGAUCUCAAGAGAAGCCGGGCGGCUAGAGCGGCGCCUACCGUCAAGAGCACAAAUGAGACCAAAACACAACCGGGCCGCUUUGUGCCCGUAUUUGUUCCGAUUUUGGCAGUGUGUCAACACCAAUGGAUGAAGCUCUCUUCUCCUUUGGAGUCAUAGCAGACAUUCAGUAUGCUGAUCUAGAGGAUGGCUAUGAUUUCCUAGGAAUCCAGAAGAGAUACUAUAGGCAUAGCCUGUGUCAUCUCCAGAAGGCAGUAGAAGAGUGGAAUGGAAGAGAGGUCCAGUUUGCACUGCAGCUUGGGGACGUCAUUGAUGGCUUCAAUGCCCAACACAAGAUGUCAGAGAGAGCACUGGAAAUAGUCCUGAAGGAAUUUCAGAAGCUCAAGGCCCCAGUGCACCACAUAUGGGGCAACCAUGAACUGUACAACUUCAGCAGAGAUUAUCUGGUUCAAUCAGCACUGAACACCAAGUAUUUAGAAGACAAAACUUUACCUAACCAUUUUGUCACUCAUCAAAGCCCCACUGAAGACGCUGCUUCAGAAUUCUGCUAUGCUUAUCAGUUCUGCCCAAUGUCUAAAUUUCGAUUUAUCCUUCUUGAUGCCUAUGAUUUAAGUACUUUGGGGAGGGGCACAUCCAGCAAAAAAUAUCAAGAGUCUCUCCAUCUACUGCGACAGAAAAAUAAAAAUGAGAAUCUGAAUAGCCCACUAGACCUUGAUGAUUGUCAGUUUGUACAAUUUAACGGAGGAUUCAGUCAAGACCAGCUGCAUUGGCUUGAUGAAAUUCUUACAUAUGCUGAUGAAAAUCAAGAAAGAGUUGUGAUCAUGGGGCAUAUCCCUAUUCACCCACAUGCUACAAACAUAGUCUGCCUUGCUUGGAACUAUGAAGAGGCCCUUUCCAUCAUUCACUCGCAUAACUCUGUGGUAUGUUUUCUUGCUGGCCACCUACACUAUGAUGCUUACUAUUUAGACUCUCAUGGAGUUCAUCAUCUUACGCUUGAAGGGAUCAUAGCAACUCCUCCAGAGAGCAAUGCUUUUGGAACUAUAUAUGUCUAUCAUGACAGAAUGGUAUUAAAAGGUAAUGGAAGCAUGCCAGAUAGAGAGAUGCUUUACAAAAGUAAUCAUUGCAACUCUGUGUUUUGAAGUCUAGGAUUCUUUUAUUUUUCUGUAAUAGGAAUGAUUUUACUGCUGCUUUUACUUGAAAACAUUUUUAAAUAUUCAUUUCUAAAAUAUUUUGAUAUUAAUAUCAAAAUUUGCUUGAUAUAAGGCAUACAUCUGCUUGAUAUAAGGCAUAUUGAUCUUUAAAUAAAUACCACUAGUUUCUAGUACAACUUAAUGUCCUGCUUACGUUCCUAAAGCUCAUUGCAAUUUGUGUUCUAGCUGUACAUUCAACUUCAAAUCUUGACAAUCAAACUAAAUGUCAACACCGUUUGAUGACAUGACACUUGGGGAAUUAAUCAAAUACAUUUACACCAGAAAACCAGAAAUGAAAAUAAAAUCGACAUCCUCUAACAAGAA